AUGGCUUCUAGCUACGACUACAUCAUCAUCGGCGGCGGCUUAGCCGGCUUAACCCUCGUCGGCCGCCUGUCCGAACUCCAACCCUCGCAAACCAUCCUCCUCCUGGAACCCUGCGCACUUCAGCCCGCUGAAAUGGGCCUGCACCACGGUGCCGCGGACGCAUCUGGACGGGCCGGGCCGAGACUCCAGAAUAUCGACUUUGACAUCGCAGAUGAGACAAGUCUUUUCCCACAGCUUCCAUAGCCUUACUCUAUCCUGCGGCCCAAGCAUGCCUGUCGUGCCUUUUCAGCAGCAUCGCGCCGAUCAACAUCGUAAGUGAGCUCCCAGACUUGUACAGUACCCUUGUCCCCACUGGUACUGGGACAACGCUCCCGGGACAUUGAUUCACAGCACCAUAGAGUAAGUACUGUAUAUGAGCUAUUGAUUUGCUUGCGCCCAUGGAUGCGAUCGAGUCAGCUUAGAGCCCUGCAAGACGUGUGCAAGGAUUCAUUGCGGUCUUGCUGUAACGGGUAUUUGCUUGUAGUUCACGCGAGAGUUUGGAAGUCUA